AUUCCAGAUGGCCAAUGGUUUGAAGGUGACAGGGGAACUAGAUGAUGCUACACGAAAAGCAAUGAAUGCACCACGCUGUGGCGUACCUGAUCUCAAAACAUCUGAAGACUAUAUCACCCAAACAAGAUCACAGGAACUUAGGCAAGAGGAAAAUGGCAACACCUCUGAAAGAGGACAGGGUGGAUGGGAAUCUAAGUAUGGAGAAGGAAAGGGUCUCUCGUGGCAGGGAAAAAGCUUAGGCCUUCAGCUGGUGCAACGUGCAAGGAGGAGACACAGUCACCUGCUCAGUGCUGGAGUGAAGAAAUCAGCAUUUGCCAAACACACUGUAAAAUGGCGACUGCUUGGGGAGGGCUACAGUGUCAAGUUGUCAGUAGACCAGCAGCGAUACGUACUAAGGCUUGCGUCCCGUAUCUGGAGCGAGGUUGUCCCACUCAAUUUUGAGGAAGACCAGACCUCCCCAGCUCACCUUAUUGACAUCAAGUUAGGCUUUGGGACACGUCGGCACCUGGGUUGUUCUCAGGUUUUUGAUGGAAUGGGUAGAGAGUUUGCUCAUGCUUGGCAGCUGGGGGAUAUUCACUUCAAUGACGACGAGCAUUUUGUGACUCUGAACAGUGAGCAGGGCAUCAGCCUCCUUAAGGUUGCAGUUCAUGAAAUCGGCCACGUUCGUGGUCUCAGUCACAUGAACCAGCUGGGCUCUGUCAUGCAGCCCAAUUAUAUCCCGGAUAAUACUAACACAGAGCUGGACCACGUAGACCGGAAAGCCAUCCAACGGAUCUAUGGUCGGUGCUCCGGGAGAUUUAACACCGUAUUUGAUUGGGUACUUCAGGAGCGUGGACCGUGGGGGGAGCCUGUGAUACGGUUCUACACCUACUUCUUCCGCCAUGGCUGGUAUUGGCGCUAUGAGAAUCACAGCAACAGGACCCGGCGUGGGGACCCUCGGAAGGUGGAGCUUGGCUGGACUGGGAUUCCUCGCUCUGACAUUGAUGCAUUUCUACAAAUUCGAAUAAGGAAUAAAGACCUAACUCUGUUCUUCAAAGGUAUCACCCUGUGUAAUGUACCCCUCAUAUGA